CCCAGCAAUAUGCUCACAAAUCUAAACCACAGCAAAAAGUUCCCACAAACUCUCAACUCGGAGGAAAUACGUGAGGUCCCUAAACUCAGCUUCCAGCAGGAUCACAGAAUUCGUGCGGUGCAGAAGAAAGCCAUUCAGUCCAAUAUUGCUGCACUGGACGGUAGAACAAUGUCACGGCUCUCUCUGACCCGCUCCCCUGUGUCUCCUGUGGCAUCUCAAGGCAUCCCAUUGCCAGCACAGCUCACCAAGUCCAAUGCUCCUGUUCACAUCGAUGUUGGAGGGCACAUGUACACCAGCAGCUUAGCAACUUUAACCAAAUACACCGACUCUAGGUUUGUGGAUGACUCGAAAAUAGAUGGGAAGGCAAGUGGUGAGAAUGACACAAGCCUGAAAGAGGAAUUUCUCCCGGAAUUCUACCGCCUGGUGCCCGGGAAGGAGCUGAGGAAGAGCCGUGUGUAUGUUCCCGUGUUUGUUCUGCUGCAGGUUCUGGAGCGAUUGUUACACAAGGGAUUUCGGGUGGUUGCAUCCUGUGGUGGUGGUGUGGAUUCCUCACAAUUCAGUGAAUAUGUCUUAUACCGACAAGAAAAACAGCUACAGCUCACCCCGACACCAAUCCGAAUAAAACAAGAGCCCCUUGAUUAACAGGAGGGUAAUCCCAUCACCCCUCCCUUUCGAAGCUUUUAUUCUUUGUUUUUCUUUCUCUCUCUUUCUCCCCCCACUCCCUUUCCCUGACCCCCUCGUCUCCUGAUCUGAAUUUAGUUGUUGGACCCCAGGAAGAGCAUCUGUGAUAGAGACAUGUCCUUUGACCAGGAUAUUUCUCCAAUGAUUGGAUUAGCUGCAUUUCCAUCGGAAUUGGGUACACAAUCCUAACUCCUCCAAAGAGACUCUUCCAAAUGGUUUCGAGGCUGACGACGGUUGACUGGGGGAGAGAGAAGCAGCUGCCAAUUGGGCCAUUGGUAAUUUUGGGCACAUUAGUAGAAAUACUAUCCUUCAUGUGGGGGAAGACUGGGAGAGAGAGGGAGAGAGAGAGGGAGGCAUUGGUGCUGUGAUAAUCCAAAACCAGCACCAACACAACUUCAUCUCCAUUGGGUUCUUUUGACUUGUCCUGUCCUUCAGCUCAGGAUUUGGAGAGUGCCCCCCAAACAGGGAGCCAAGACCCUCUUCCCCAUUUCCCCCCCCCCCCUCCCCCAGACACAGUCAGUGCUGGGACACUCACUCCUAUAAAUUAGGAAUUUCUCUGAUAUUGGGUGACACUUCAACGAUGACUUCCUGUGGGGGAGUUCAUGAAGCAGCUGACAGCAGUGACAGUGAGUGAGUUGACUGGGACAGUGCAGAACAUCAUGCACUGCACUUCACUUCAGCACAUCAUUCGCACGCCCCCCCCCCCCCCCCAUUUAAAGGAAGCUGUCUUUUCCUAUCAGCGCCCGCGUCCCGUGAAAAAUCUCUUUGCCCCCAGUUCCAGUCCAGGAGCAGGAAGCUCACAUUGAAAUGCAGCGUACUCACAUUGGAAGCAGACACAGUUGAUUUUUUUUAAUUAUAAAUAAACUAAGAUGUUUACCUGCAACUUGUCAAUAACUUUUGGAUUAAUAAAUGUUUCAGACUUUCAGAGAGCAAUCAACAAAGUUCAUUC